UGUCAGCUUUCAAAGCUGGCGCCCGAUGCAUUUGAAUGUUUACGUGACCUUCAAGAACUGCACUUGGAUUUGAAUAAUCUAACACGUGCUAACGCGGCAAUAUUCAAUCCUCUAAAAAAAUUAGUAAAGCUAUGGCUUACAUCAAACUGUGGCAUCAUGAACACCUACCCUCUCUCUAGGUUUUCCUCGCUAGAAAGCCUCCAGGAGCUUUAUUUGGAUAAAACUUGUUUGACAAAUCUUCCAAGGUAUACAUUCCUGACAAACAAAAGACUUACACGUCUGUCUCUUAACGACAACCAGCUUACACGAGCGGCACUGUCUGCCAUUGCUCAAAAUGAAACACGAUCUCUGUCUUUCGUGAACCUCAGCAACAACUCCAUUGAAUCUUUGAGAAUACCAGGCAAUAAUAAAAUAUACGCCAACAACAUAGAGCUGGAUCUCAGUGGCAACAGCUUACGUAGCAUCAGCAAGCUGGAUCUCGUAGGCUAUGAAGAAACAACGGCGUUAACAUUACAUUUAAAUUCAAACAAUAUCAGCGUGAUUGCAAGAGAUAGUUUUUCUAAGAUGAAGAGUCUACAUCUUCUGGACUUGUCAAAGAACCCUCUCUGUAGGCGACUGCAUGCUGGAAAAGAUGGCGCCGGCUGUCCCGCCCUGAGUAACCUCACGGAAGGCCUCGGUAUGGCAGGGACACAGCUGACGAAUUUGAGUUUGUCUAAGAUACGCUGGAAAGCGGACAGAUUGGACCUAAGGAUGAUGAACAUGUUAGGAAGAACAGGCCUGGAAGUUCUGAUCAUCCAGGGCAAUAGUAUAGGUGGCGUUGGUGAAGGUGCCCUGGGAAAUAUGACGAAACUGCAGACUUUAGACAUGGCAAAUUGCAAUAUUAAAGAAUUUUCUCCCUUGGCGUUUUCGAAAAGAAAUCGAUUGAGAAACUUUAAUUUGAAAGGGAAUAAAAUCCAAAAAGUUUCUGUUUUGGACCUUAUACCAAAAUUAAAACACCUUGAAUUCCUAGAUAUCAGUGGCAAUGGCCUUGGCAUUCAGAAGCCUUAUGUUGUCAUCAAAAAGUGCACAUCACUUCAAAUUUUAAACCUAUCAAAAAACCGUCUCCCUCCGAAAAUAAUGUUCCACGACCUUAGUUCGCUAAAGACUUUGCAUUUAAAUAGUGUUGUUGACCGGAAAGGAGGUUUUAAUCUUAUUGACUUGACUCUGAGGAAUAUGACAAGCCUAGUAAACCUAACUUUCGAGUUUAACAAUGCUUAUCUCAAGUGUGAUUUGAAAAACGCCCGUAUAUUCAGCGCGGUUCCCAGUUUGAAUACCUUAUCUCUGGCUAACAACAGCCUUGGUCAAACAAAUCCGGCCAUCCUCAAAAAGAUGUUCAAAAACCUAGGACAAAUUUGGAAACUUCGCCUUUCGGGCAACGGGUUGGUGGAGCUCCCUCUGGGGAUGUUUGACGACUUAGUUCAAAUGACAGACUUACAUUUGCAGGUGAAUCAGAUCACGACUCUCCCGGCCGGUAUCUUUAACAAAUGUAAAAAACUGGCACACGUUAACGUGGAAAACAAUAAAAUAAUCAGCAUCAGUGAGGGAGUUUUAUGGGCCAUUUUACCUACGUCAGGUGGGUCACUGAGGCAAUUGGAUUUAAGCGGCAAUAAAUGGACUUGUGACUGCGAUAUUCGGUGGUUUGUCCAUUGGUUGCGGAAUACGCGGGUGCUGCUCAGUAAAGGCAAACAGGAGCACUGUAACUUGCCUUCAGAUCUAAGGCAGCUCAAGUUGGUGGAUUUUUGUCCCGCGUGGAUAGAAUGCGAUAAUCACCUACUACACCUGACCGCUGGAUUGACAUCAUCCGUCGUUGCCAUUACGCUUACGUCUUAUUUGAUUUUCAUAUUUCGUUGGGAUAUAAAAUACGCCUGGGUUAUUCGAAAAACGAGACGGAAUGCGCGCCUACGCAACGGCUACGUUGAAAUACCUGACGAGAGGUACGCCGCUUUUGUCUCGUAUUGUAGUAAAAAUACAAAAUGGAUUAAAGAUGAACUCCUCAAAAACGUAGAAGAGAGUGACGACAUGGGCGCGCCGUUAAGACUCUGCAUUUACGAGAGAGAUUUUAUCUGUGGAAACCCUAUAGUGGACAAUAUCGAAGAGUACAUGAAUCAGACGACCAGGGUCGUGUUUGUUGUCACCAGCGACUCUCUUCAAAGUAGACUGUGCGACCACGAGUUUAAGGUAGCCCAAAACAAACUGUUUGAGAAACGCAUAACCAGUAUCAUUUUCAUUCUUCACGAGGAUGUAGAUAAGAAAACGAUCCCAGAUAAUAUGCAGACGAUGAUGCGUCACACGACCUGUUUGUGUUGGCCGGAAAAUGGCACGAUGCGCCAAAAGACGGUGUUUUGGAAAAAGAUCAGAUUAGCUUUGUUGAGAUGA